AUGUUAAAGUCUGUCCUUCGCAAUUCUGGCUCCAGUAAUAUUUCAAGGAUAUCCAGAACCAACAUUCUUAAAAAUGUUGGUGCUCAUCCAUUUGUAUACUAUUCCACAACGAGAAAGACUUCACCAUUAGAACAAACAAAAAAUAUAAGUAGCAAUGAAUUUGAAUUUAGUACUAAAGGUGCACCCAUUGUGAGAGGUAAGAAUUCUACUGCCACAGAAUAUACACUUCCGAAGUGGAAAGAAGCUCUAGGUGAAUAUGUAAUCAAGACAUUUGGACUGGACAUGGAUAAGAUUAGAGCAGGUCCAGUUGCUGGAUCAUACUAUUAUUCCAUCUGUAAAGAACAAGGUUUACAAUAUGAAAAUGAACCACUCUCAGAAUCUGCAAAAUUCUUUUAUGAAGAAUUGAAACUACCAAGAACUUUCUCACAAUGGUUUCAAAUUACUGCUUUACACGAAUGGAUGUUAUUCGUUAGAAUGAGGGCCAUGCCGUUUAAAUACGGUAGAAAUUACCAACAAAAACUUGUAGAUAAAACUUUCAACGAUAUUGAAAUGAGACUAUUUGAUGAGAUGAAUAUCCAUUCAGGUAGGAUUGUUGAUCAAUAUUCUAAAGAUUUUAACUCCCAAUUAAAAGGUGCUGUAUUUGCUUACGACGUUGGGUUUUAUACAGAUGACGCCACAUUAGCUACAGCUGUAUGGAGAAAUUUAUUUGGUGGUAGAAAAAAUAUUGAUUAUUCUCACUUAGAUGCAGUUGUAAAAUAUAUCCGUUCCCAAUUAUAUGUAAUGAGUAGAAUGUCUGACAGAGAAUUCGCAUUAGGUAAAUUUAAGUUUGUUCCAGCUAAGGAGAAAAUCAAUAAAUUAACAUCUGCAGAAGAAAAAGAAAUGAAGGAAAAAAUUAUAAAGAAAUACGAAGAAUUGGACAAGAGUGGAUUACUGUUACCGAGUGAUAGAAGUAACUUAUCCUACGAUAAUUGA